AUGAAGCUCGGUACUUCUUUAAUAAAUUUAUGCUCGCUGUCAACAGGGAUGCUGGUUUUCACCAGCGCUACUUCAUCUGCAUAUGCCCAAGGAAACGCCACUGAAUCAACUUUUUCUAGUAGCAAAGCCAAUGAAAUAAUUUCAGAUUCCACUCCCUUCUGUAAAGUUGAAAAGGAUUCAACCGUCAGCACAAGUUGUAACAUCACUUUCCAAGAAAUCAAUAACAUUAAUGAAAAUAUAAGGAAUGACUUACAAUCUUUAGUAAAUACUGAUUUCUUUAAGUAUUUCAAAUUAGACAUCUAUAAACAAUGUCCAUUUUGGGAUGAUAGUAAUAGACUUUGUACAGAUGGUAGUUGUUCCAUCGAUAUCGUGGAAGAUUGGUCCAAGUUACCCGAAUAUUGGCAACCAGAACAUUUGAGUGAAUUGAAAGAUCCUUCCAAUUCAAGUGAUGAAGAUUUAGUUACUGACUGUUCCUUCUUGGAUCAAUUAUGUAAUGAUAAUAAGAAAUUACAAUAUAUGCAAAAUGAUAUUGAUUAUUGUGAUGUGAAUGAAUUUGAAAGUAAAGAAUCGGUAUUGAUAGACUUAACUAAAAACCCAGAAAGAUUCACUGGAUAUGGUGGUCAACAAUCUGCUAAUAUUUGGAAACAUAUCUAUGGUGAAAAUUGUUUCUCUAUGGAUACUCAAGGGAAAUGUUUGGCAAAGGAUGCGUUUUAUAGAUUGGUCUCAGGUUUACACGCAUCUAUUGGAGUUCAUAUCUCAAAUGAAAUGUUAAAUAGUGAAACUGGUCAAUGGGGACCCAAUUUGGAAUUCUUUAUGUCAAGAGUCGGUAAUUUCCCUGAUAGAAUUACAAACAUUUAUUUCAAUUAUGCUGUAGUUGCAAAAUCUUUAUGGAAAAUUAUGCCAUUUUUGAAACAUUUAGAUUUUUGUAAUGAAUAUGAUAAUGACGUUAAGGGUAAAAUUAUUAACAUAACAUCUCAAUUGGAUAGUAAUAUCUUCCAAGAAGAUCUUUUGUUCAAAAAUGAUUUAGAUUAUUCUUUAAAAGAUGAAUUUAGAUCCCGUUUCAAAAAUGUCACCAAGAUAAUGGAUUGUGUUGAUUGUGAUACUUGCAGAUUAUGGGGGAAAGUUCAAACUACUGGUUACGCAACAAGUUUGAAAAUCUUGUUUGAAUUCGAUGAAGCUGAUGAAGAAUCAAGACAAAAUGUUGUGGAUAAAUUAACUAAAUAUGAAUUGAUUGCUUUGUUAAAUACUUUUGACAGAUUAUCACAAGCCAUUGAAGCAAUAAACAGUUUCGAAAGAAUGUAUAAUAAAAAUAUGAACAAUCUCAAGACAAAGGAGAAUCCAAAUGCAAGUUUUAUAUUUGGUAAAAAUAAUUUUUUCAGACUAUUAAAAGGUGCCAAAGAUUAUAUUAACAAUAAUUUCAGCUCUUCAAAUGCUGAGCAAGAGGAAAUAACAAAAAGAGAUGUUAACAAGUUAUUAGAAGACGAAAAGGAACCAGUGAAAUUCGCUGAUUUGAAGUUACCAGAAAAAAAAUACAUAAAGAAACAAACUACUACAUCUAAUUCAAAAUCAAAAAAUACCACGCCUAUAAUUAAAUCUGAGAAUAAAUGGAAAAAGGCAUGGAAUACUGAAAUAGCAAACGUUAUGGAAGCCUUUAGAUUCAUUUGGAGAAGUUAUCUGGAUUUACCAAGAAACCUUUGGAAAUUACUAUUAGUUAAUAUGAAUAAACUAUGGAAUAAAUUUAUUGGUGUCGCUAAUUACUUGAAUGAAAAGGAAGAGAAUCCAAUAUUAUAUAAACUAAAUAUUCAAUAG